CGUGGGAGGCGUAGGUGCCACCGGGAGCCCUAACUGCAGCUGUGAUAACCGGCAUCCGCGCGGGCAGAGCUUCGGGCAGCGGGGGCUUCGUCAGCGUGGAUGCCCACCCCCUGGAGACUGCAGGCUCUGGGGCAUAGUUAACAAUACCCCGGCGGACCGUUUGAAGCGCUUGCGUGGAUGUGGAGUGUGUUACAUGUUCACAGCAAGAUCAGACUCGUGCUUUACAUGGCGAACGUUUCCAGUGCUUAACACAAGGCCAGUGUUUGGAGGUGUAAGAUCUCGCAUUGGGAUCCAGCAAAAUCUUCUCAGUAGAUCCUCACCAGCUGUCAGCUUCCAGCGGACGUUUGAUGCCCGACAGAAGAUUGGCCUCACUGAUGCCCGACACAAACUGGGAGUUAAAGAUGCCCGUGAAAAACUGGUUCAAAAGGACGCUCGGUUCAAAAUCAAAGGGAAAGUGCAGGAUGCUCGAGAGAUGCUGAAUUCCCGUAAGCAGCAAAGCGUUGCUGCUGAAAAGGUGACCAAAGUGGUGGAUGCCAGAGAGAAGAUCAGCUUAAAAAGGAGCACUCCUGCUACUGCUGCUAUCAGCCCAGCUAUGGGGACAGUAAAUCCAGCCAUGAAAAUCACCAAAACUAUCCAACAGAAAGCUCCUGUUCCUGGACACUCUCAUCCAGCAGGAAUGAGGAUCAAUGUGGUGAACAACCAUACACACAAGCAGGGUCUAUAUGACAUGGAAGAUGAUGAUGAAAGUGUCUCUCCCCUUCCUAGCAAACAGAUGAAAAUCACCACCACAAACAGUUUCCUGCACAACACGACUGGGCUGAGUGGCAAUAAAUUCUCUCUGUCCAAGACUGUUCCCCUGACUAAAGUGGUCCAGAAUGAUACUUACACAGCUCCUCCUGCACCUCCCUCCCCAAUGCGGACGAAGGCCUUGACAAACAUGUCCCGGACCCUGGUGACAAAGGAGGAGCCUCCAAAAGAGCCAGCACCUGUUGAGCUGGUGUUCAGUCCUUUGGAAGGCACAAAGAUGACCGUAAACAAUCUGCAUCCUCGAGUCACAGAGGAAGACAUUGUUGAAUUAUUCUGUGUGUGUGGCGCUCUGAAGCGAGCCCGGCUGGUGCACCCAGGAGUGGCUGAGGUAGUCUUUGUGAAGAAAGAAGAUGCUAUCACAGCAUAUAAGAAAUACAACAACAGGUGCUUAGAUGGUCAACCGAUGAAAUGCAAUCUUCACAUGAAUGGGAAUGUCAUCACCUCAGACCAGCCUAUAUUGCUCCGAUUGAGUGAUACUCCUUCAGUGAAGAAGGAGGGAGAACCACGCCGGUCAAGUGCAAGCGCCUCUGCAAAUCCCCCUGCUGAGGUGGACCCUGACACCAUCUUGAAGGCACUCUUCAAAUCCUCAGGGGUCUCUGCCUCUGUGCAGCCCACAGAAUUCAAAAUCAAACUCUGAGAAGGGAGAGCAAGUAGUGGACUGGAAAACUCACUUAAGUCGGAGAAUGAGAAAAGUGCAGGAAUGCAGAUGUUAUUUGCAUUUGUCUGCCUGGAAGUUUUUUUUGUUUUCUAUGAUCGCUACCUUACUGUACAAUAGUGUUUCCUCUUGUGUGUGUAUUUUCUGUUUCCAUAGUUGGAGUUUUCUUCCACAAUUUUUUUCCAAGAGAAUAACCUCCCCCUUCUGCCAGUAAUAUAUUACCAAGCAUAUACAAUGUAAUUCCCUCCUUUACUCCAAAGUCCCUAGUGGCCAUUAAAAGUGCACAUAGACUCUAAGGGAAGGAGUGGUAAUCUCCUUUUCUCUUCUGACCUACCUUUAAAGUAAAAGGUGCAUCCCUUUCAUUAUCAACAGACAAGACAACACAUUGUUUCUAAAAUUGCUGCAUCAAGUACAAAGGUGCGGCUCCGUACAGAAAGCAAUGUCUUGCAUCUUUGACUCAUACGCAUUCAGUAGCAUGCUACUUCGGCCUGGCCAUUGGAUAUCUUUCUGCUCAAAAGCUGUGACACUGAGAAGAUGUAAGAAAAACUGAGCUCCCCACUGUGUAUGCCAGCCAAUAGAGGCACUGGGGAGAAAGGACGUGUACAAGAGCAGCACCUAUCAUGCUAUGGGAGGGAUGUUUCAACUCUGGUAAGGCAUGGAGAUGAGAAAAAGGCUCUGGCACUUCUGCAAUGAAUAUAUUUGCCCUGUAUGGCCAGGCUGAGUUGCUCUCACCUCCCUUUUUCUGGACUUAAAAAAUAAGAACCAGGCUUGUGUUUAGAUCUAGAGGAAAUUCAAGUGUUUCACUCCCAUUAGACAGUAUUGCAUCCUUCUGGUAUCUGGAUAGGGACAUGAAGUGUGUGUGUGUGGGGGGGGGGUUGGGUUGGGUUUUUUUGUUUUUUUUUUUUUUUAGCUUCUAACUUACCCAGUCUCCUUUUAUGAAAAGGAAGGAGCUGAGGCCUCUUUCAGGCACUGACACAUCAGAAACAGUCUUCUGCCCCUGAGAAAUCACUUGAGAGAUUUAAUUUGGGUAAUGUUUGGCUGCUGUGCAGGCCUGCUGCACCCAUAUACGGGCUUGGAGGGUGAUCACUGCACUUCAUGGCUGCAGGGAGAGGGGCGGGGUGGGGGAGCAGUUAACACUCUAGGGAAUGCAUCGGAGAGUUUAGGUACUGGUAAGUCCCAUGCAGAGCAGCAAGGAUUUACCCUCAGAGAGUGAGCAUCUGCGACCAGCCACCGGCCACUAGGUGGCACUUCCAGUACUUCCUUUCUUAGUACACCAUUAUUGCAAUGGAUAUUUGAAGUCCCAGUAGCUGCAUUUGUUUGUAUUAGUUCAAAUUGUAUUAUGAGAAGAGAGGAAAGGCAAAAGCCACUUCCAGAAUCUGAUUGGGGUUUGAACUUGAUCCUUCUAGCUAGGAGAGCAACCUAAUCCAUUCUGUUCAGCACUGCUGAACUUCUUUAGUGAACUCGCUGUGACCAUUGUAGGUCUGGACUCCAUUCCUUGGUCAGUCCUAUGUUUCUUUUGCUUUCUUGUUCUGUACAAACUCUGUUCUAUCUAGCAGGUGCAAACCAUUCCUCUGUUUCACUGUAUCCCUUUUAGCCAUGGAAAAAAACGAGGACUUGGCAGGACUUGUUUUUUCCCCAGAGUACUCUUUGGUUUGGAAACGAACUACAUCUUUAUUGGUAGGGUGGUGCUUGUGAACAGCAGAUGUUUGUAGGGGAGGGGACUUCUGACAGCUAUUGUUCCCCUUUUUUAGACUGCCCAUCAAACACCUGUGUUUUAAUAAGAGUCGGGGGGAGGGGGAGGAAAUGUUAGGGGUUGGAGAAAAUAAUGUAUUAUCUGUUUCUGAAUAAACGUUUGUUAUACAGA